CCCCGCCGUGCAGCUUUCUUUCGGGAAGAGCUGAUGGAAGCGCUGUCUAUCCUGCAGCUCAACCAAGGGCCCUCCACAGCAGAGCAUUCCAGCAUGGCACCUCUUUCAACAGCUGCAAGCACAGUGGGAGAAAGGAGGGUGCGGUUGCUGGGUUCGUAUGCAGGGGCCAUGGGGCAGUGUCAGUUCAUGCCCUCAUCUUUUAAGGCCUAUGCGGUGGACUACGAUGGAGAUGGCCGGAGAGACAUCUGGACAUCUGUUCCCGACGUGCUAGCAUCAAUGGCAAACUACCUCAAAUGCAACCGAUGGAAACGAGGGGAACCAGUGGGUGCUGAGGUGGUCCUCCCCCCCGACUUCCUGCCCUCCUUCUUAAAGCCCACCGUGAAACUCACUGUUGCAGAGUGGCAGCAGAAGCACGGGGUCAGAAUCGCUGAUGGAGGCUGUGGUAGCAGUGGAAGUGGGGAGAGUGAUGACAAGGAUGGGAGCGAUUCCACGUCUCUGCCGCCCGACAUGAUCGCCUCUCUCGUAUUCUCCUCCUGCUGCUCUCCCUUUUGA